GCGCUGACGGAACGGUGCGCGUGCUGAAAGACAGCGGUUUGUCACCUGGCAGCAAGAUAUCAAUGACUGCUUCUGCCAGCCUCAACGGGCUGGAGUAUGUCUCCCGGGUGCUUGACCUCACAGUCGUCGGCAAUGAGACCUUUGUCGACAUUUACCGGGACAACAUCACCAUCAUUAACGGAUCCAUCAUUGAUGUCAACUUAACCUUCUCCAACCCAGUCAAAAUGCAACCAGGUGGCGUGCAAACGAUUCCCCUCAUCGUCUCCAUCCCUCCUUACGUCACAUCGCUCGUCACCAUGGACGUGCGCCUGGAGAAAACCUGUCGGCCUGCAUGACAUUCAAGGGAGCGAGGAUGAUCGGCGUGGGAAAAAAUCUGAAGGGCUUUGGAAAAGCCGGCGAUUUUAUUUGCACCGGCAAUUCCACCUUGGGAACUACACAGAUGGACAUGGCCGUCUGUGAGCUGGGCAUCGUUACUAAUCCAGGUUUCUCCCACACCUGCGGCAACGUGGUGACCGAUGACGACAGCAUCAUUCUGGAAGUGGACCUGCAGCUGGCCGACUGCCUCAUCGCCACAAACAACACCAACCUCAUGGCCAGCUUCGGUCUGAAGGUAGCCAGCUUCGUUGCCAUCGGGGACCAGGCGGUCACCGUCAUCCGAACGGGUUCCGAGCAGCCAGUGUUUAACAUCACCGCCCAGACCAACUCCACCAGUGACGUCAUAUACGUGAACUUUGGCAUCCGUCUGGACAACACGUCCUCGGCAGAGUUGUACAAUGUCAGCCUGUUGCUGUACCCGCCACCCUACGUCACGUGCAGUAAGGUGGUGACGAGCUCUGGCACCAUCUCUGCUCCUGUUCUCACGGUGGACACGAGAAAAGUCGCAAUCUUGUUAGGGACAAUCUUUUUCACCGACGCCAUUCAGCCUACUGGUCCAGUGCAACGUCUCCACGUACCCCGUGCCCGAAGGCGUCAGCGGGUACCACACCAUCAUGCCCUACCAAGUCUACGGUGACGUCAUCCCCCGUACCCCCACACUCCUCAACACCACUACAUUCUUCAGUGACCUCGCCUUCGUCAACUUCACGCGACGACCUCCAGCGGGGCUACGACAUGCACACCCACUGCCCUGGGGAUGGCGGACGCCACCAAAAUCAAAGACUGUCAGAUUCUGGGGUCUUACGAGUCAUUAACUCCAGUUCUCAAUGGUCGGAAAGGCGGCUCAGGUUGGCAGCCCUAUGUCAGAGACGGGGACCUGCUGGCCAAGCGAUACUUUCAGGUUUACUUUGCCAACAAGGUCAUGGUGUACGAGGUGGAAGUGGAGCAGAAAGCACCGACGAGGACCACGCGACUCAAGUUGUCCUACAGUGACGAUGGAGUCUCCUUCGUCGACGGCAGCGAGAUCCCAUUGGACGGGCUGGACACUACCCGUGUGUCCGUGCCAUUGCCCCGAGAGUCUCGAGUGCUGCGGGUAUACGCCCUGGCGGACAACAACACCAUGCAGGCGCCCAGCCUCACUUUUGAGUUCUAUGGCUGCGUCACUUCCGCCGACCGAACGGGAGAUGCCUGUCUGACAGCUCCAACUAAUGCAGCAACAAAUUCCCUGUACUACCGACGCAGCUUCCUGGCUGCCUCCACCAGUGUCUUCGUGUGUGAUGGGAUAGUCGAAGCCAAGGGAGUGCAGCAGCGCUGUUUCUCAUCACCAGAUGGCACUGUUUGGCAACCCCUGGACAUGCGCCUGGGUUCCAUGGUGGGCUUCGAGUCCGCGGGCAGCCGCGUGUUCGCCCUGGCCAACGACGGCGUCACCUACAUGAGCAGCGGCGACAACGGCCAGACGUGGUCGACCUCUCACCCGCAGGACGUUCAGAAAGGCUCUCUCGCUUGGCACCUUCGCAAGAGCCGUCAACGUACCCUGGAAGGCACCCUCGUCCCGGCCUCGUACCAGCAAGGCAACUGGGGAGCUGCCUUCGAUGGUCUCAAACAGAAUUCUAACACCAGAGUUAAAUGGAAUUGCUGCUGAGAGGAAACCUCUGCCUGCUGCAGCCAUGACACUUGACACACUUUACUGUUGUUACAGUUUACACAUCCUUGCUGCUGUUUACACCUGUCACAGUUUAUUACCUGCUGCACCUAACAGAGUUUUUAUACAGGUAGUCAUAUAAAUAUUUGUGUGUAUAUAUAUAUACUUUAAGUAGUUAUCGGAGUUGAGGAUAAGCGGGAUAGUAUAAAAACUUUGGUUUCUUUUUGCUCACAAACAUUAUCGUCGGGUAAAGAUUAUUGCCAGAAAUAAAGCAGAGAGAGAAAAAAAAACCAAGUAACUGAUAAAAAUGAUCCUUUUAUAGCAUGUGAAAACUAUGGAAAAUGAAUUAAGGCAGAUACAAAUUCAUUUGGGGAUAUAUAUCAACAGGGCAAGUACAACCAAGUCAUGGAAGUAUACGUAUUAGAGUAAAACUGUUAAUUGUGUAGACAACUGUUUUAAUACAAUGUCUAUUUUCUCGUGCACCAUUAUAUAAAAUAUAUGAACAUAUACAGAGUUUUUGAGAAAGUUUAGUUGUGCACAUUCUAACAUGUUGCUACUGUGGUUUUUAUACUUGUCUACAAAUCUUUCCAUCUUGUGUUUUUUUCUCUGCUUGCCUAAGAGCCUCAGUGUUUGAUUUUUAGUUGGUCUAUUCAUCUGCUUUUCUUCCUUCUCUAGCUUUUGUAGAUUUUUGAUAAAUUUGUACAGCUUGUAAACUUUUCUGGAGCACAGAAUACAAACACACGCACCCACGUGUUGUCAAAUCGUGUCAAAUAAUUUCUAGGUAUAGUUACAAUGUGAUGAACAUGCUUAUUAAGAACAAUUGUUUACCCUGAGUUUGUGAUACAGAACUCUUGACAAGUCUUACAAAGAAUGUUGGAUUGUUAAAAUUAUAUGUUUAUAGAACGAGUACCAGCAGUUGAAGUUUUAUGAUAGAUUGUUAAAUCUGUUAUAAGUCCCAGACUUUAAGACCACCCACUACCUAUGUUUCCGUCCGUGUAAUUAAUUUUUUAGUACCUGUACCUAAAUUAAGCUACAUUUUCCUUAAUACAUUCCUUUUAACAGUUUACAAAAUUGUAGAAACUAUGUGGUCUUUCCUUUACCAUGCUUGUAGUGUUCCCUUUUGAACAUAUUGUUUAUCAAAUUCAUUGUCAGCAUCAGCACUGUAUGUGAAAAUGUUCAGAAACUGCUGCUAUUGGCGAUUCCGUCCAUGAUGAUCACUCUCCGGCAAUGUGCGUGUCUGCAAAGAAUGAAAUAAGGAUGUGCUUAGUACAACGAUAUGCGGUAGACGUUUGAUGACGUGGCAUAAGCUGGUUACACGCGCGGUAGAUGUUUGUUGACGAGGGCUAUAUGCUUACAAACGUAAGAUAAACGUUUGGUGAUACACGAUGAACGUUUGUUGUCACAUUUCGGUUUGUGGACACACCACGCAGGUCUGUUUCCUUUUUGCGAAUACGCACCUUUUCGGAUACAGGGUGAUAAAAUUAUUUUAUUUACUGUUUGCUUAGAAACAUUUAACAAAUAAAUUAAUGAAACGUUAAA